AUGGGAGUUGAAUGUGAAGUUUGGGUUAAUGAUUCCUUCUUUAAUGAAGUGAGUAUAAAAAAGUGGAUUCACUGGAAGAAUUCGAACAUAAUAUCAUGGGUCAAAAGUGACUGGGAAGCUGAUGAACAUUGUUAUUGGGCGAAAUGUGAAAGAAACAAAUCAGGCAAACUGUUUCAUGUAACAGAAAGAAUGAAAUGGCUAAAAUGUGAAGAGAGAAGCAGUAAGCAUUUUGCCAAAUGGAUGAAUUCGGCUAAUAUUAAGCAAUGUGUGCACAUAGAUAACCACCGGAAUAAGUGGACCGAGUGGCAAAAUAAUAAGAAGACGCUGUUUGAGAUAUGGGAAGAUUUCUUUAUUGACAAGAAAAAUGAAUUAUACCCCAUUAACAGCGUCUGUUAUGACGUAAUAAUAAGAGAAUAUGUUAUCAGGGAUGUAAAUAGAAGGGAUCACACUGAAGAUGUAGCUCAUUAUGGUUCACAUGACCGUCUCUACGUGCAUCUGGAGGGGGAAUAUUGCCGCAGAUAUAUAUAUAUAUAUGUAGAUAUAGAUGACACGAUAACCUUUUUUUAG